AGUCUGUGCUUACGACAGACAACCGAUGUAGAUACGGCGAAGUUUGGGAGAGGUCCCGUCUAAACCAUGGAGCUUCUCUCCGCGUCACUGAUGUCCCUCUGGAACGGCUGUCUCAUAGGACUGGCUUUGCUAUGUCUGGCGCUGGUGUUUGAUUUUGUGAAGAACAGGAGAAGAGGAGCCCGUUACCCCCCGGGCCCGGUCCCGCUGCCCUUUGUUGGAAAUUUGCUUAGUUUGGAUUUCAACCGAUUUCCAGACAGCCUGGUAAAGUUGAGAAGAAAAUAUGGGAAUAUAUUCAGUUUGCAGAUGUUUUCAGAGAAGGUUGUGGUAUUAAAUAACUACGACACUAUUAAAGAGGCGCUUAUCACCAAAUCAGAGGAUACAUCUGAUAGACCCCCAACUCCUAUUUUUGAUCAUCUUGGAUUUAAUAAUGGCAUUGUUUUUAGUAACUACACUCAACAUUGGAAAGCACGGCGAAGGUUUGCCCUACACACGCUCAGGGAUUUCGGCAUGGGGAAGAAGACUAUUGAAGAACGAGUGAGAGAGGAAGCUGGUUAUCUCUGCUCUGCUUUCCAAGCCGAAGAAGGACAUGCUUUCGACCCAUAUCUCCUGCUUAAUAAUGCUGUGAGCAAUGUUAUCUGUUCCAUUAUUUUCGGGGAUCGCUUCGAUUACAAUGAUAAAACAUUCCAGAGGAUAAUUUACCUGUUAAAAGAGAUGUUUCAACUGGAGACUGGACUCCUGCCUCAGGUGUAUAAAGUUUUCCCUUGGCUUCUGAACACGCCCGGGCCUCACCAAAAGCUCUUCACUGUUCAAAAAAUGUAUAUGGACUCCAUAAGUGUUAUCAUCAAGAAACACAAGGAAACAUGGGAUCCAGCUGUCAAAAGGGACUUCAUUGAUGCAUUUUUGGAGGAAAUGGAAAAAACUAAAGGUGACCCCCAAAGUAGUUUCAAUGACGUUUCACUCCUUUCAACAAUUUCUGAUCUUUUUGUUGGUGGGACAGAAACUACCUCCAACACACUGCGAUGGGCCCUCUUGAUGAUGCUUCUCCAUCCUCAUAUCCAGAAUCGCGUUCACAAAGAAAUAGACCAAGUGAUUGGCCCUGAUAAAAUACCAACAAUGGAAGAUCAUUUGAAUAUGCACUACACUAAUGCUGUUGUCCAUGAAGUCCAGCGGUAUGGAAAUAUAUUGCCAACAGCUAUUUUCCAUAUGACACAAGCAGACACCAAAAUAAAAGGCUUUGAUAUACCCAAGGGAACAACAAUCAUACCCAACUUGACGUCGGUUUUAAAGGAUGAAGACAUUUGGGAGAAGCCAUAUCAGUUUUAUCCAGAGCAUUUUCUGGAUGCACAAGGAAAUUUUUUUAAAAGAGACGAGUUCAUUCCAUUUUCUGCAGGUCGGCGUAUAUGUCUUGGGGAGCAAUUAGCCAGAAUGGAGCUAUUCAUCAUCUUUACGUCUCUUCUCCAAAAGUUUGAAUUCUGCAUUCCACCAAAGCAGCCUCCACCUCGGGAUGACCCAAUGUAUAUGUUUAAUUUUACCCCACAGCCAUUCCAAGUCUGUGCUAAAGUGCGCUAAACCCUGAGAAAUCAGUGAGGUUACAUAAAUGGGGUCAAAUCCACUUGACCAUAUGCUAUCUUGAAAUAUAAAAUUGUAUUCUUUUUUGUAAGCAGUGCAGUAUAUUGAUCUGCUAAAAAACAUGUACACGAUUUUAAGCUACAUCUGUUAUAAUUUAACCAAUUAAUUUCUUGAUAAAUGCUCCUGCUUUAUUUUAGGCUCUUCAUUCUCAAAUCCAAAAUUAAGGAAAUAUGUUUGACUAUAUAAUUAAGACAGUUGCUACAGAAGGUUAUCUGAAUAUAUCAUCUUAUAACUUUAUAGCUUUGUUAUGACUUUUUUGCUGCUCCUUAGUUUUAUGGUACUUUGCAUGAUAUUGUAUACAUGUUUUCCUUACUGUAUUAUGUGUGAUUAAAUGGUGAUCUGUUUCUCUUACCCGAGUUUUGUCUAAAGGCUGUCCUGUACAGCGGGCAAUUACUUUCAAGGCAUACAUGUAUAAAGUGGAUAUGGAGGCAAAA